AUGUCGCAAAUACAGCAAUUCUAUGCUGGACAGAACAUCUUCAUCACCGGUGGAACCGGAUUUUUGGGGAAAAUGCUGACGGAGAAAUUGCUCCGAAGUUGUCGAGAAAUCGGGACCAUCUACCUUCUGAUACGAGGGAAGAAGGGCAAGAGUGUUGAGGAACGCAGGGAUGCGCUACUCGCUGAAUCGGUAUUUGACGUACUGCGAAAAGAUCAACCGAAUUUUUUCGAAAAGAUCGUUUGUAUAGUCGGUGACGUUGCCGAGGAAAGAUUUGGGCUCACAGUAACUGACUAUGCGCGGCUCGUCGACGAGGUAUCAGUGAUCUUCCACUUAGCUGCCACCGUCCACUUUAACGAAAAACUCGAAGUGGCUCUUUCCAUUAAUGUGAAAAGCGUCAAGUCUGUCAUCGACAUUGCGAGAGAGUGCAAGAAUUUGAAGGUUGGAGUCUAUGUUUCCACUGCGUACAGCCACUGUGUCCGGAAGGCGAUCGACGAAAAGCUCUACCCGUCACCCUGUGAGAGCUACGAGGAGGUCAAGAGUAUAAUCAGCAAAGCCAAAGCGGACGAAUUGUCAGAAGAUAUGACGAUGGCAAUUCUGGGCAAAUGGCCGAACACGUACUCGUUCAGCAAGGCCAUAGCCGAGGGUGUCGUCGACGAGUUUGCAAAGGAUCUACCGUUUGCGAUUUUCAGACCAUCAAUCGUGUCAAGUUCCUACGAGGAGCCAACUCCGGGUUGGAUGCCAAGUCCAAUUGGGAUGUUGGGAAUUGUGUAUGCAUACAUCUUAGGAAUCAUGCACGUAAUUUCAGCCGAUCCCGAUGCCGUGGCUGAUAUUAUCCCAGUCGAUUAUACUUGCAACGCUCUAAUUUCCUGCGCUUGGGCCUCUUCUAAAAAGUGCCACUACAAGGAUGUUUCUGUUUAUAAUUAUGUGUCUGGAAAAGAAAAACCAAUAAUUUGGAAACAGUUUGUACGUAAAUUCGAUACGGCUGCAACAUUUUAUCCAUCAGAAAAAGCAAUCUACCAUCAUUUUUGUAUGGUGACAAAGUCAAAAUUACUUUUCUACAUACUGGAGAUGUGUUUCCAAUUGAUUCCAGCCUUGAUAAUUGACAAGCUUUCCACAUUGUUGGGAAAACAGUCUCAACUUUAUAAAGUUAUAAGUAAAAUUGGAAUUCAUAGUCGCAUUUAUUCUUACUUUUCGAUACGUGAAUGGGAUUUUGAAAAUCGUGAAAUUCAGCAGCUCUGGAAGCAGCUUGAGCCCGAAGAUAAGAAAAUUUUCCCAUUUAGUAUGGAAACCGUCGAUUGGGACGAAUAUUGUCUAUUCGCAGCUAAGGGCUUUCGGAAGUUCAUCUCGCUUGAAUCGGAUGCAAAUCUAGAGCAAGCAAGACAGAAACACAGACGCCUCUUCAUCGUGCAUCAGCUGUUGUCCAUGGCACUUGGCAUCCUGAUUCUGUGGGUGGUCUGGAAGUUAUUUGGUGGAUUCUAUCUGAUGUUUAGCACAGUUUAUCAAUUGCGAGCUACCAGCAACGUCUUCCACGUAACAUCUGCGCAUUGCCUUAAGAAUCUGAUCACUAUGAUUAAUACUUUUAUAAUCACCAAAUGCCUCAGUAUAAUUCCCACAUUUAACAUGCUUAAUUCACUUGUGAAUGGAUAA